AUGGCCCUGCGCUACCCCAUGACCGUGGGCCUCAACAAGGGCCACAAAGUGAUGAAGAACGUUAGCAAGCCGAGGCACAGCCUGCACCGCGGCCGCCUCACCAAGCACACCAAGUUCGUGCAGGACAUGAUCAGGGAGGUGUGCAAGGACACACAUGCGCUCAAGUUCAUCAAGAAGAGGGUGGGCACACACAUCCGGGCCAAGAGGAAGCAGGAGGAGCUUAGCAACGUGCUGGCAGCCAUGAGUAAGGCAGCAGCCAAGAAGGACUGA